AUUCAAACUCCAAUUAAAGACAGCUACGAGUUUCUGUAUGUCAAUGUUCCCUCUUUCCUUCUUCUCUCUUUCCACCCUCUCUCUCCCACCCUAUAUAAUCUCUCCCAAAUCUCUCCCACAAAACCCAACCCUUCAUUAUUUCUCCACAUAUAAAUUCAUCUCCCCCACGGCUUAUGUCUCAAAGACCUACCGUCCCCCACUCCUCCUCUAUCUCCUUUAGCCUCCAUUCUCAUCUCUUCAUCUCCAGUGAAAUGAACCCCACCUCCCCUUGGCAAUAACAACACCUAUACAUACAUAUAUACACACAUUCAUUAUUUGAUUCUCGUUUCUCGAAAUCUUGAAUUUUUGAAUUUAUAUAAAUCUUUUUUGAGAAAAAUUUAAGAGAGAUGGGUGUUAAGGGAUUUGUUGAAGGAGGGAUAGCAUCAAUCAUAGCUGGAUGUUCGACCCACCCACUUGAUCUAAUCAAGGUCCGAAUGCAGCUGCAGGGCGAAUCAUCCGGGUCUGUUCAGCCGCUCCGACCCGCUCUGGCUUUCCAGACAUCCUCCACGCGCAUCAACCUCCCUCCCCCGCGCGUGGGACCCAUCGCCGUCGGCGUCAAGAUCAUCCAGCAAGACGGGGUCAAAGCGCUCUUCUCCGGCGUCUCGGCGACCAUGCUCCGGCAGACCCUCUACUCAACAACCCGUAUGGGCUUGUACGACGUCAUGAAGCAAAAAUGGACCGACCCGGAAACCGGCAGCAUGCCGUUAAUGACAAAGAUCGGCGCCGGACUCAUCGCCGGCGGCAUCGGCGCCGCCGUCGGCAACCCCGCCGACGUGGCCAUGGUCCGUAUGCAGGCCGACGGAAGGCUCCCCGCGUCGCAACGACGCAACUACAAGUCCGUCAUCGACGCCAUCACCCAAAUGCGCAAAUCCGAGGGCAUCACUUCCCUGUGGCGCGGCUCAUCCCUUACGGUGAACCGCGCCAUGCUAGUCACCGCAUCACAGCUCGCCUCUUACGAUCAAAUCAAAGAAUCGAUCCUCGAUAACAAUUUAAUGAAAGACGGGCUCGGGACCCACGUGACCGCGAGCUUCGCGGCCGGGUUCGUAGCCUCGGUGGUGACCAAUCCCGUGGACGUGAUCAAGACCCGAGUUAUGAACAUGAAAGUGGAGCCAGGGAAUGCGCCGCCUUAUAGUGGUGCGAUAGAUUGUGCAAUGAAGACCGUCCGAUCAGAGGGCGUGAUGGCUUUGUACAAGGGGUUUAUUCCGACUAUAUCGAGGCAGGGUCCAUUCACUGUGGUGCUCUUUGUCACACUGGAACAAGUCAGGAAAUUGCUUAAAGAUUUUUGAUGGGAAAUUAUUAUUAUUAUUAUUAUUAUUAUUGAAUUAAAGCUACCUAUGAUGAUGAUGAAAGAUGUAGAAGACAUAAAAUAGGCAGUGUUGGGAUUUUAUUGGUGUGAUUUUUGUUUAGGUCAAGAAAGUGGGAGAAGGAUUGACAAGUGUCAUUCUGCUAUUUACUGGGAAUUUUUACUAUUAUAAUAAUAUUUUAUAUUUAUAGAGGA